UUAUAUCUGGAACCCGCGAUGAAGAGAGCAUUUGUGACCGUCGGGACCAUCAGUUUCGACGACCUCGUCGCUCGUGUGGUUGCCCACGAUAGUAUUCAGAUCCUCAAGAGUCUGGGUUACAACCAACUUGUCCUCCAAAUUGGGAGAGGCACUGUGGUGCCCGAGCUAUUCAGUACUGAGUCAUUCACUCUGGAUGUUUACAGGUAUAAGGACUCUUUGAAAGAAGACCUUCAGCAAGCCGAUCUUGUCAUUAGCCAUGCAGGUGCAGGAAGCUGUUUGGAGAGUCUGGAAAAAGACAAACCACUUGUGGUAGUUGUAAAUGAAAAGUUAAUGAACAGUCAUCAGUUUGAACUGGCAAAGCAGUUGCAUAAAGAAGGCCAUCUCUUCUACUGUACCUGCAGCAUGCUUCCUGAGCUGUUAUAG